AUGUCUGACGGAGAGGUCAGAAAGGUCUCACGCCGGGAUAUCCAGUUGGUAUAUUUUUUCCUCUCAUAUUUUUGAUAAAAGACUACCGAAUAAUUCUCUCUCCAGCCAAUUUGUAUAGCUUUUAUUUUUAUGAUCAACGUCUUGUCAUACGCACACACUUAUCUCUAGAUUCUGCCUCCUCCUAACACAAUUUCAGAUGGCCUGUGAGGCUAAUUUAUAUAGGUAUCACAAGUAUUAUCUGGGGUAGAAGGCCUGUAACAAUAAUGUUUUUAUAUGUUGACGAGACAACUAUACAUUCAGCGAGAUAAGUCAAUCAGUAGUUUUUUUUUUUUUUUUUUUUUUUUUUUUAACUACUUUGAAGGGAGAUCAGACUCCCCACGAGGAAUCAGAUAUAGGACACUCUCCUGUUACUAAGGAGGCAGGAGUUUUUGUGCCAGAGAACCUAAUCACUCCUAGUACACAUAGGAGAGGGUGUUCGAGUCACCAUCUCAUCCAAACUCCACCUGCCCUGCUGCCAGCUUGUUUUUAAUAUUAGCUCCUGUAUUGUUUUCAUUUUCCGGUCCUGUUCUCAUUGAGAAAAAUAAGAAAUCGAUGGCUCUUUAAUUUCUCUAUUUCCUCUGAAACUGAUAGACCUAUUUUCCCUUCUUUUUUUCUUUUAACACCUAUAUUGUCUAUACCUUGCCCAGACCACUCAUUUGACCCUCAGCCAGGCCCAUUGCCCUUUGAAGAUUCCACUUGAUGGAGUCCCAAUGAAACAGUGUACUUACUUUAGCCGACUGGCAAAAGAAAUAGCCAUUUCUUUUCUCAAUAUUCUCUUAAUUCAAAAUCCGGAAAUUUAAACGUUCAUCUCUUAAAUCCAGCCCGGGACAUUGGCAUACUCAUUAACUAUUUUAAUUUCGUAGAUAAUUACACUCAAACAGGACCCAUUCAACACAACCAUCAAUUCUUUUGUGACCUUUUUCUUUCUUAAUUCUAUCUAGCUUCUCUUCUGUCCUAUAUAUAUGGCUGCUUUAGGAAUCUUCAAAACAUGCUGAACACGGAAAAAUAUAAACUUUAAGAGAAUGAAGAAACUAUGAAUAUUUUUUAUGCUAGUUUAAUCAACCACAAAAGAUCACAUGUUAGUGUAUCAAACUUUCCUCCUUCCCUCUUCUUUUAGGCUUUUUUCACAGUCUGUGGGAUUGCCCCAGGGCUGUUCCGGAGGGCAAUCUUCAAAACUACAUAACUUGUGUUCUAGCUUUCUACAGUUCCUCAGCGGACUUUUGUCAUAACUACAACGUUUCAACGUACCUUAAGGUACUGACAGAGUGAUUGACACCAAGAAGGCAGUUCGACUCUGUCAAAUCUUUCUGCGAUGGAACCAUCCAACUAUUCCAUCAUCGAAUAGUUGAGGAUAAUGGUGGUCAUUUUAUGAUACAAAUCUCAUGAUCCUUCAGGACAAGUCUUAAAACCUUCCCUCUUUCUUAUUCUAUUUUUCUCCAGUGAAAUUAACUUCUUUUGAUUUAUUUUUCUAUGUGAUAAUUUAGUCCUCCAACAGUAAAAUCUGACUGCUUUUGGCCGUUUUCAAAAGUCCGUUUGGGUCAAUUUAUAAAUAUUAUAAAUGACCAUAUAACCUUUUUUUUGUCCCUGUAAAUGUCACUUAGAAGACAUAUAGCUUGUUUCUACAUUUUUCCUAUUCUGGUUUCAAAUUUCCUGCGUAAUGCAUAUUUAGGAGCUUUGGUUCUAUAGCUACAGAUGGCAUAAAUCACUGGCGUUUCUUUUUUAAUUUAAAAAAUAAUUAUAAAAUGCAAUAUUUACUUUUUGCAUUUUUCGAGCUGUCCUAAUGUUUCUAAAUGUGACUGUUAGGUACAAAACCUUAUAGAACGAUGUUUGCAAUUGUACAUGAAUCAGAAAGAGGUUGUGGAGACUCUUGAGCAUAAUGCAAGAAUCGAGCCUGGUUUUACUGAACUUGGUAAUCCUUCAACGUAUUUCCUAGAAUCAUUUCUCUUCUAGCAUGUUAAAUGUUGUUCUCUUCUUCAACGUGUAGAUUCUUCUCGUAUUUUUUUGCACGCUUUCUCUUGUUUUAAAUAUUUUUUCCCGAUGUAAUUGGGUCUGUUUUCAUUUCUUUAAAUUGUCUACGUCACAAUGUGUUUAUAUUUCCCCUCUCUUGAUGAUGUUCCUCUUCCCAUUCUUUUGUCACCCCUCUGUUGAGUCAUUUUGUACUUGUUCUGACUCUUUUCAUCUCCCACCCCGCCACAUCCGAUCUUCACUUCUUUCCUGACAUGCUAAUCACAUCAUUCAAUACUCCUGAGCUGGCCCGUUUUCAACACUCACUCCACCUCUGAUGUCAUUGUGGUCAUCGUACCAUGUUCAGAAAUACUCAUUCAUUUCUAAUUUAGGUAGGCCCAAAAGUUUAAAUUCCCUUAAUCAUAAACAUUUCCUCAUAGACAUUCCUUUGGACCAUAAAAUUGUCACAUUUUCCACGCUCAAAUGGUAAAUGUUUGAUUCAUGUCAUUUUUCUCUUUAUAUUUCCACUACGAUAACAAUAACAUAAUAGGCUAAAUAUAUGAGUCUUACAUUUCAUACUUUAAACUUCAGUGUUUUCAAAAUCGUGAAAUGUCAUUUACUAACAUUUAGAGAGCUUCAUAAUUUAAUCUUGAACGCCAUUCUACGCCUCAAUUUUGUACAGUUCACUGUUCGCACUCUUUAAACUUGAACGGCAAACUAAGCAAAAAAAAGAGAGAAAUUUGGCUUAGAACAUUUUUAUAACUAGUCGAUCUCACCUUUAUCAAGAGUAGGUUACCAAUUACUGAUCACAAAAACGUUCUGCAGUGAAUUGUACCUUUAUAGUUAUUGUAUUUAUUAGGUUUUUGUACCCGAUUUAUCUUUUCUGUCUUGUUGCCUGACUUUACCGCACUUCCAGUUUGGCAAAAGCUUGAAGAAGAGAACAGAGAAUUUUUCAAGGCAUAUCACGUAAGACUGAUGUUGAAGAACCAGAUACUCGUCUUCAACCAGCUGCUUCAGAAGCAGGUUGAUCUCAUGCAUGGGAUGCACCCUUCAGGGUCUGCUCCUGUAUCUCUGCACCGUGACUCUAAUGCUUCAUGUAUGGCUAAUCUGAUUUCCUGCUUUCCAUUGCUUAGUUUCAUAUGAUUAGAUUUCUCUUCCUCUUGUUUUCCUUAUGACUUCCCGGAUUUAUUUCCCCACCAGUAUGUGUGAGUCGUGCGCAUGUGCAUCUUUAAUGAUUGCUUUGUUCGGUUUAAAAAUAAAUACUAGACUUUUGUGAAUGCUUUUUUCAAAGAUUGUAUCAAAACCACUUUUAAUCAUGUAAAAAUAAAAAAUAAAAAAUAAAAAACAAAAACCACACCCCCCACACCCCCAAGAACCUCAAACACAGAAACACUCCACCGUGAACUGAAUAAAUUAUGAUGGUAGAUUUUUUAUCCUAACUUGAUCAUAUAUCAUAAUUAAAAUAUCCUGAGUCAUCACUAGGGUUUCUGAUCAACUGCUGGGUGUUCCUAAAUGUUUCUUGGACAGUGGCUAGGUGCUUUAAGGUCAAACCUGUUCAGAUAUUAUUUGCUGGGCCAGCCAGGUUGUGUGGUUGAUCAAAUCAUAUAAGUAUACUAUAAUGUAAAAUAGCCUAAAGCAUGCUUUAGGAAUCUGUAUGCUUCCUGGACAGUGGUUCGGCACUUGGUGAGUAUGAGGUGCUUUUGAGGUCUAGCCAUGUUGAGUGGCUGAGAGUAUUUUCCACUCAGGAAAGCACAUGAAACUUGAAGACACUAGACAUUGCAAUACGAAAGUCAACUCAUGGAAACAAUUCGGCGUUAUUAUUUGCAUGAGACAUAUCUAGCAGUUUCUCCAUGUUAUACAUAGUCAAAAAAAAAACUGGUUAGGGGAGAUAACUGGGAAAAGAUAUGGGAGGGAGAAGGUAGGGGCCAUAGGUUUCAUAUGGAAGGAUGGUCCAUAGCAGAUGGCAGAACUAUUUGAGAGGGGAAGUCGCAAUAUAAGCUGUAUUUCUUAAUGAAAGACUUGAAAUAGAAAAAGAUUUUACGUUAGUUUCCUAGCCUCAUGCUUCCUGUUUUUAUGGUAUAAUUUUCACCAUAUGGGAUACAUGAACAAGAGAAAAACCCUUGUGCCAGUGCAACAGAAUCUAUGCUACUCGUCAGCCCCUCACAGACCUGGCAACAUCCCCAGCGUUGCCGGACCUUCCAGUGGGAUGCCGCCAAUUGAGAACAUUUCAAUGGAUGAUGCCACUCUAGAUGCGGGGAGGAUGGGCAUGGCAACGAGCUUGCUCUCUGCUCAUAAUCCCCAAAUGGCAAUGCUGCAUGGAAUGAAAGGUGAAAAAAUUAAGAUGGAGCCUGCCUACUCGAGCAAUUCAGAGUUCACUUUCUGCACAGAUAAUAGCUUCUCUGAUUGCCACUCCGGAACUGGAGAUGUGCCCAUUCCACCCUUCAGUGGCGCCGAGUUGCAUGUGCAGCCAUUGAACGAGCAGCUUGUGGACAUCGACACUUCCUCUUUUGGCAUUUUAGGCCAGAUUCCACGGAAUUUCAGCUUUUCAGAUCUGACAGAGGACUUCACCCACAGUACCGGUGCGCCCUGCAUGCCUCAUCUAAACUUAAUUUCUUCUGCCUUAUGAGAAAUCGAAUCUGACUGACUGUAUAAUUUCACUGAAGACAUACUGGAGGGUUAUGGCCGGUCACCCUUCCUCGGACGUGAAUCUGCCCUGUCAACCUCUACUGGGAGGGGAGGUCUGGGUGAGUUUUCAUCUCCUGAUGCCUUCAUAUUUUAUUUUAUUUUUCUUUUCCCGUUACCCUCCCACAUUCAUUGAAAAAUCUUCACUUGCGGCUAACAGGAGAAAGAAAAAUAUGAUACCAUAGCUGAAGCUGGUCUUGACGAUUUAGCAACUGAUAGUAGCAUAACUGGUGAGUGCCGAGUCCCUCCGUGGUUUAAGUUUAUAUAA